GGGGGAGCCAAAUGGCUCUUUGAGGGGAAAAGGUUCCCGACCCCUGUUCUAGGCAAACAGAAUCCCCAUCUUUUCCUGUUCUGUAGCGCCCAGGCCGGACUCAGCCACCCCUUACCUGUCCGCCUCCCCCUCCCGCCCGGUCGCCAUGCGCUGCCUCGUCGCCCGCCCCGUCUCCCCUCCCGGCCCUGCUGCAUUGUGGUCCGGCCCGGCCGGUGGCGGCGGCAGCGUAAAACGGCAUGAAGAUGGCUGAGAAGCCUCCGCAGAAGCCGCACGACGGGCGAGUGAAGAUCGGCCACUAUGUGCUUGGGGACACGCUGGGGGUCGGCACCUUCGGCAAAGUCAAGAUUGGAGAACACCAGCUCACAGGACACAAAGUGGCGGUCAAAAUUUUGAACAGACAAAAAAUCCGCAGUUUGGAUGUGGUUGGGAAGAUCAAACGAGAAAUUCAAAACCUAAAACUUUUCCGGCAUCCCCAUAUCAUCAAACUGUACCAGGUCAUCAGCACGCCAACAGAUUUUUUCAUGGUUAUGGAAUAUGUUUCCGGCGGGGAAUUGUUUGAUUACAUCUGUAAAAAUGGACGUGUUGAAGAGGCUGAAGCAAGGCGCCUUUUUCAACAAAUUCUGUCGGCUGUGGAUUACUGUCAUCGGCAUAUGGUGGUUCACAGAGACCUGAAACCGGAGAAUGUGCUGUUGGAUGCACACAUGAAUGCCAAAAUAGCUGAUUUUGGACUUUCCAACAUGAUGUCUGAUGGCGAAUUUCUGCGAACAAGCUGUGGUUCACCCAACUAUGCAGCACCUGAAGUUAUCUCUGGAAGGUUAUAUGCUGGUCCAGAGGUUGAUAUCUGGAGUUGUGGUGUAAUUCUGUAUGCUCUUCUCUGUGGGACUCUUCCUUUUGAUGAUGAGCAUGUCCCAACACUCUUUAAAAAAAUUCGCGGAGGUGUAUUUUACAUUCCUGAAUACCUCAACCGUUCAGUUGCUACCUUACUCAUGCAUAUGCUACAGGUUGAUCCACUCAAACUUAAAGCAACCAUCAAGGACAUACGAGAACAUGAAUGGUUCAAACAGGAACUGCCAAGUUACUUAUUCCCAGAGGAUCCAUCUUAUGAUGCUAAUGUCAUUGAUGAUGAUGCCGUGCGAGAAGUAUGUGAAAAAUUUGAGUGCCCUGAAUCUGAGGUGAUGACCAGUUUGUAUAGUGGGGAUCCCCAAGACCAACUUGCAGUAGCAUACCAUCUUAUUAUUGACAAUCGGAGAAUCAUGAACCAGGCCAGUGAGUUCUACCUCGCUUCCAGCCCUCCUACUGGAUCUUUCAUGGAUGACACUAUGCACAUCCCCCCAGGGGUGAAACCCCACCCUGAGCGGAUGCCUCCUCUAGUAGCAGAUAGUCCCAAAGCAAAAUGUCCCUUAGAUGCACUGAAUACCACUAAGCCAAAACCACUGACUGUGAAAAAAGCCAAGUGGCAUUUAGGAAUACGGAGUCAAAGCAAGCCUUAUGACAUCAUGGCAGAAGUCUACCGUGCUAUGAAACACCUGGAUUUUGAAUGGAAGGUGGUGAACGCCUAUCAUCUUAGAGUUCGUCGGAAGAAUCCAGUAACAGGAAAUUACGUGAAAAUGAGUUUGCAGCUUUAUCAGGUUGACAAUCGCAGCUAUCUUUUGGACUUUAAGAGCAUUGAUGAUGAUGUCAUGGAGCAAAGAUCAGGCUCUUCCACACCUCAGCGCUCAUGUUCUGCAGCUCGUUUGCACAGACCAAGACUGAGUUUUGAUUCUGCCACUGCUGAUUGCCAGUCGCUCCCAGGAUCCCUCACUGGCUCCUUGACUGGGAGCAUGCCCUCUAUAACACCACGCCUUGGUAGCCACACCAUGGAUUUCUUUGAAAUGUGUGCCAGUCUCAUCAUGGCGCUUGCUCGCUGAAUGGUAUAGUUAAGAAGCUUGAUUUCUUUGGGCAGGGUCAGACCUUGGCAAAAUGUGCACUAAAGAACAGUUUUGAGCAUUGUCAUCAAACGAAAGCUAAAUUUUGAAAGUAGAAAUAAUAAUUUCUGUAGCCAGAAUGUAUUGUGUAUAUUAUGGGAAAUAUGCAAAUGUGGCUCUAUUUAUGUAAUUCUAGUGGCAAACUUUACAAUAUUUAUGCAAGGAGUUUGGAGUGUUUCUGUUUGAAUAUGGUAGAAGGGGUGGAACAGUGAAAUGAUUGGUAGUUCUAGAAGACGAGGACUGGGGCCCUAUUCAGCUACUGGUAGCUGUCUUGGUGAUAUUGCUCCUAAGUUAGAGUUUGCAGAAAAUGCAACAGUUGCCAAAACGUAAACAUGUGUGCUAUUGUAGAAUCCACAGUGCCCCUGACAUUGUGAAUGUUUCAGUGCAAUAAUGUUCUUGAAGACUUGAUUAUUCCUUCAAAGGAUUCAGUACAUUUAAUUGAUUUUAGUAAACACAUAUUAAAAUAGAUUAGUCCCAGAUAUCUUCAGUUGGAAAAAUUUUGGUGGUAGGCCUAGCAGCCUGUAGUAAUGCAAUAUCUUUCUUUAUUAGAGUACUUUUGGAAUGGUACAAUUUUAAGAACACUUUGCUAGGAUUAAACCCCAUUGAAUAAAAUGGGAUUUCUUCAAAGUAGACCUGUUCAGAAUUAAGUGACCUGUUGCAGCGUAAAAGUAUCAUUCCGUAGAAUCAAUUCCCCCAAAAAACCACUUCUGUGGGAGAACAUGUCACAUCAAAAAUGCUAAGAGGGAUCCACUUUCCAUUUUCUGACACAGUGGAGAGCUGAACAUGCUGAGCGUUGUGGCUGAAGGCACAAUACUACUCAUUAUAAGACAAUGUUACACAGUGGAGCAAUCAGAGAAAAUAAACUUUUUUCCUAAUGGCAGCAAGCAAGGAAUGAUGCACAGGUCACGGAAUACCAGGUACACAAAUAGCCUGUUAUUCCCAAUUGUUUCCCAGGUUCUACACAUCUAACAGAAUUUUGGUUACUGCUGGAGUGUUUGGUUUUCGUGUAUGUGGGUAUGUGUGCGUGCACCGUCAAGUCAUAACUGACUUAUGGUGACCCUGCAUGGUUUUCAAGGCAAGAGACUUUCAGAAGUAGUUUGCCAUUGCCAGCCUCUGUGUGGACUGAGAGAACUUUGAGAGAACCGUGACUGGCCCAAGGUCACCCAGCAGGGUUCAUGUGGUAGAGUGGGGAAUUGAACCCGGUUCUCCAGAUUAGCGUCCUGCCACUCUUAACUACUACACCAUGCUGACUCUCGUCUUACCCUUGUCCUGUUCCAGUGGAAAGUUUCAAAUAUCUGAACUGAAGAGUUAAAAAGAAAUGGAUGAGUCCAUACUCAACAAAGUAUUCCUAUAAUAAACAGUAGCCGUGCAGAUCUGGCAGACACGAGUUGCAAGAUGAUACUUGUCAGUCUUCUUUGCAGACACCUCCCAGGCAUAGCCUGUGCUUGUAAUGUGUGGCUGGGCCCUUGUUUGCUGCUUCAUAGUGACAGGCCCAGGCCCAGUAGUUCUCUCUGCAAUCUCAUCAAAAAAUCAGCGAUCACUUGAAUUUUUCGCAAGUUUUCCAUGAGAUGAUUGCUACAUCGGGUUAUUGGCUCUUUUCAUAAACAUCCCAUGUUAACAUUUUUGCAGUUUAAUUAAAGUUCUACUUUAAGGAGUUUAUGUUACCUCUGAAGGGAUUUUUUUCCCACUGCAACCUUUCAUAACUGCUCUGUACUCACAACUAUUCAUUGGCCUGAGCUUAUUAAGCUCAGACCACCUACUAGAGCACAUAAGCCAUACUCAAAGGCUGCUCUUAAUCACAUUAUUAGUCUCCCAUCAAUCAUUUCAGGCCAUGCCUUGUACUGGGUAUAUCCAAGUGCAGCCUUCUGUUUAAAUAAGAAAUUAUUAACCUCAUGGCUGCUAAAGAUCAAAAUUUCUGUAACUGUCCUUUAGUGGAAGGGUAAGGAGGGAAUUAUGUUGUUCCUCCAGUUCAGAAAGUAAUUCACAACCUGAGCAAACCAAAAGAAUUGCAGAUAAACCAGUGUUACCUUAAGGGUCAUGAAGGUAAUGGGAAAAUUAGAGAAACUCAAGGAGGAGUCAAGUGGAAAAGAGCUCAGCUGGUUUCUCAUGGCUAAGAAAAAAAUUAGGUUGGUCCUUUUUAUCUCUUCAGUUGUACGGACCUCUCUUUUACUUUCUGACUCCACUGUUAGGUCAUGUGUGUCACCAUUUUUUCAUUCAUGAUUUUGCUUGCAAGUAGCUUGUAAGAUCUCCUAUUAUCUGCUAAAACUAAUACAAGAACGCAUGUCAGUUUCUUGUCUUCACUCCCCUUAAUUUUUUGCCCUUCUUCCAGAGGUUUUUUAAAAUUGUAUUCUUCCUCGAAGGAUUAUCACAAAGCCCUCGUUUGGUACAUGAGGUUGUCCAGUGACUGCUCCAAGUCACACAUUAAUUGCCACAGCUGGGUAUGGAUCUGGACUCAAGUCUCAUACCACUGUUACAAGACAAUAGGCAGGGGAUACAUUAUGGAUGCCUUAGCUUCACUCAGGGGCAUACUGCCCUGGGGACAUGAGGACACCCUUGUCCCCGGGCGCACACCUUUUGGUCACAUGAGGGGCACCGGGCGCCCCAUGACAAAACGGUGUGCGCCUGAACUACCUGCUGUGGCAUCCCACCCCCUCCUGGGCUCCCUGCAAGCAGGUUCUGCCCUCCCCAGGCACUGGGGAGAGCAGGAGCCAGCCUGUAGGGGGUGGGUGGGUUCCAUGGCAAUGAUCCACCCUCCAAGGAGCCGUCCUGGCAGGGGGCGGGGCUCUGCAGCAGGCAGGGGGGUGCCCGGAGGAGGUUUUGUCCUUGGGCACCAUUUCCCCUACAUAUGUCUAUGGCUUCACUUUCUCCUCUUCCUAGAGAUCCAAAAAUAUUUGAUAGCUGAAACUAGACUUCAAGGGACUGCUAUAGGACUAGGUUUGUCUCAUGAAUGUUUUCUAAUAGCAACUUGAGUGUUUCUCAGAAUGUCAGUCAUAGGCAAUCAACCUUUAAUGACAUCCUAAUUAGCCUUUCAGGGUAUGCUUUUUCUAGGUGCUAUAACAUUGACCCUUUGAGGUGAUACUUGUAAAAAUGUUAGGCUUCUGCUAUUAUGAUAGUAGCGCAGACUUCAGUGAAAGCCACACCAACAUAACUCCAUCUGUCUAAUUCUACAAGCCAUAGAAGUUGAAGGUAAUUGUUGUAGCCAAACUGAAUGUGUUUUUCCAAUACAAAUGAGUUUCCACAAGGCCAAAUUGCCAUUUAGAUUGGCCAAAAUAUAUAACAAAAGGCAGCCUUAGCGAAUUCUCAUGUAUUUUUCAGAUGAUUCAGACGGAUGCCCUUGAGGUCUAAAGAGUUUGGUGAGCUUUGCAUUUCAAUUCAGAUAAUCUUCCAGAAGCUGAGUCUCUGACAAUUAUUUUCUCUCUGACAGGACAACAGCCAAAUUUACCUUUCUGGUAGAAGAGCAGAUAGUACACAGAAUAGAUGCUGUUUCAUUGUAGCUGGAACAUAAACUUGACAAUACUGUCCAAGCCAGAGGGCUUUUAUGUACCUCUAAACCUUAAUUGAUUGUGACCUUCACCAGUGUACUGAAAAAGCAGGGAUAAUUCAUAUUGUUCCUUUUGUAAAUGUUCUCUGAAGGAAUCAGAUUUUACUCAUAUUUCCAGCAACAUCAGAACUUAAGAUUUUUCUUUUAUUAAAGUGCAGGCUGUGUGGAUUGUGUAAUUAUUCAGUUAAUAAUAUUGGGUUUAUAUAAUCAGUUUUUUGUUUUACAAUGAGGCAAUGAAUUGUUGUCUGACAAAACAGGCUGAAGUCAAGGCAAGGUGAACAGAAAACAGUCACUGUGGGGCAACAUUUGCUGCAGUUUCAGUUUCUGCAUUAAAACAUUGCCAUUUUAACAAUAUUUGGCACUGUUCUCCCAUUAAAAGAACAAAGCUAGUCCUGCUUCUACUGAAACUGUCAUUGUUUUCUUCAUGCCAGGUAGAGAGAGAGUUUUAUGUCAUACUUGUUUGUAUUCCUGCAUGCCCCACUGGAGGAACAAAUAACAUUGUCAGGCUGUCUGCCAUGAACACAAUUUAAAGAAAAACCAAGAACAAGCUUAGCUGCUCAGUUCAUAGAACUAUCUGGUUUGCGAUUACCAGUAAUGCUAAAGUGGUAUCUUAUAAUCUUUAACAUACCAGAAACAAAUUGUGUUAAAUAUAACCAGCAACAAGGCUUUUUUGACCACUUGUAACUCUUCCCUGUGGGACAGGAAUAAACUUAGGUUUUAGCACUUACAUUACACUUUACCUCUUUUAAAGGCAAAUUGCUAAUGAUUAAAGAAAAAGAUAUUCACAAUAAUGCCUGUUAAGUGUCUGAUGCCUUUUAAGAGCACUGUAGACUAUAAGGCUCUUACAUGUAGCUUUAGUGAUGUGUCCAAAUGGCUCGUGGCCAUCACAAAUGCGCAUGUAAGAGGAAGAAUUGAUUUUUAUACCCCACUUUUCUCUACCUUUAGCAGUCUCAAAGCAGCUUACCAUCACCUUUCCUUCCCCUCGCAACAACAGGCACUACCAGUAUGUGAAGUAGGCAAGGGCUGAAAGAGUUCUGAGAGAACUGUGACUAGCCCUAGUCACCCAGGUUUCAUGUGGAAGAGUGGGGAAUUGGUUCUCCAAAUUAGAGCGCUCCCCUCAUAACCACUACACCCCACUGGUGUAUGUUUGUUAUCUUUCUUGACUUUUUAUGCUUACAUCUUAGUGGAAUAAAUAUUUAAGGGUAGAAUUUUGAAAUAUCUAUCAACGUUGUUGCUACUAAGCUAUAACUCUACCAGUGUACAUUUUAGAAUAUUUUAAACAGACCUUUUGCAUCAGAAUUUCUUUAGUUUACAGUGUUAUAGCACAGAUUCAGAUAGCUAUCACCUACAUUUUGUUCAGCCACUAUUUUUUAUUGACGUGCUGCAAUAUAGAGGUUAUAGAAGCCAUCCUGGCUUUGUAACUAUUUAAGAUGGCACACUGAAUAGCUUGGUAAUCAUGGAAAAAAUGUAUUCAUUAUGACUCAUAAUAUGAUCUUGUAGGCCUUUAACUUGGUUUCAAACAAGAAUCCUGCACUGGAAGAAAAAGUACCAUUUUCUAGUGGUCAUUGAUGCAUCUGUAGUAGAAUCGCAGUACGUUUUGUUGAAUGUUUUGUUACAAGUUGAUGUAACUUAAUUUGCAGCUAUAGCUCAGUAACAAUUUGUUGCUCCUAUCAGUGGUGGUAUAUCGAUUCAAGAAAAAACCUGGCCUGCACUAGCUAGAAAACCAAAUUUGUGCCUUCAGUUUGCAUCAGCUGCUCAAAGUCACAAAUGCUGUUAUUUUCAUUAAUUCCACAGCUGCUAUUCAGCUUUCAGUAACUCCUAGACAAUAAAUCUCUGCAAAAUUUGAAGGGCUUGCUAUGUUGUUACAUUGUCUGAAUGUUUGCAUGGUCAUGAUGAAUGCCUGUUGCCGCAGGCUGCAGUUGUAUCAAGGAUAUAUGCUUCCAACAAUGCAUUUUUCAAUUCAACCUGAAUUUUCCCAGCUAAAAUUUACUUCUGCUUUCUUUUCCUUGCUUUUUCCCAGCCCUAUGCCAAACAGUAUAUGGUUGCUUUGGGGUUUGAUUUUAUUCCCUAGUAUUUCAUCCAUAAUUCUUUACUAUCGUCACAAUCCAGAGAUUUCACACGUCUUUCUAUUAAAAACAGUAUGUUCUAAUUCAGACCUAUGUCCAUAAUACAUGGUUGAGGCAGCACUCAUGCACCAAACCCCAUUCAUUUCAUAAGACAGCAGCUCCACAGGCACUGGCCAUUUGUGCUUAAACAAUCUGUGCAGAGAAGAAUCCCAUAGGUACACAGCAGCACUGGAUCACAUAGUAGACUGUGACCAGAAUGAGAUAAGACAGUAUAUUUAGAAAUAAGGGGAUACUGAAUGCUCUUAGACUUCUCUCUGGCAUUUUUUAUGAACAGCUCCCAUGUCAGAAAACGCAGAAGAGGUGCCUUGUCUCUUCAGAGGCGAGAGCUGCUUUGGAUACAAAUCCAAAAAUAAGUUGCAACUGUGCAGACAAGUUUUAAUCUGCAUGCAAAUAAUCCUGGAUCAUCCCAGACCAGUAACUGGAGUUGCUCAUAAGCUGUGCUCUAAUUGUAGUACGUUGUUCUUAUUAUGGAACUUUAAGGUAACUGAAAAACCAACCAUUGAAACCACUAGUUUUCUAUGCAUUUAGCAAUAUUUCUUUAUAUACUUUAAUGGACAAGGAACCUGAUCAUCAGCUAAUUUACUCUACACUUUCGCUAUUGUCUGAUAUCAGUGCUUGAUUUUCAAAUGCCUUGAAUCUUCUGCUGAAACUGCCUUACUUGAUCAAACUUAUUUAUGAAAUGUAUUUAUCUGAAGACUCCUUGUGUUUCACUAUGCAUUUUUUUGUUCAGCAGUUGAAUGUAGUUUAUUUAUCGACAUCUCCCAAAGUUCUGACACAGCUACCAUAAAUAUACUAGUAUUCAUUCUUGUUGCUGGAAAUGAAGUCACUUUGUAUUGUUUUACACAUGUGGAUGUUUUGUAAAUCUAGCAGUAUUUUCUUUCAUGCGCAAAACAAAGCUGAAAGCCACAUGAUCACAGCUAUGACCUUGAGAACUACUAUAACUUCGAUUAAUAGUACCUCUCAUGCCCAGAAGAAGCUUGAGGAAACUGAACCUUGUAUUUCUUGUUAUUUAAUCAUGGAGCUACGUUGUGUAAAAUUACUGUGCUAGCGUGUGGUGGUGAGAUACAAUGUUUUGCAGACUGCUUCAAAAAUGUUAUUCAGAUUAAACCUCAAUAUCGGCUUAUAAAAAGGCAACACAGGACUGUUUUUAAAAAAGUCACUGCUUUAUUUGCAUCAGCAGCAUUUGGAAAAGGUAUAUUUCACUCCUCUAUUUAAAUUGUUCUGAUGCAUAAAAUGAAAACUAAAUAACUCCAAACCAGAUUGUAAUUUACAUAUUUGUGUUGAAAAGGUUUAUUUUACACUGUAUGUGCUGGUUGUUUUAUUAAUAUUUGUUCAUCAAAAAUAAAGAGAUUACAACAUUUCAAA